CCAGCCCUCCGCAAGCUCUCUCCAUGAGCGAGCUACAGCAAAUAACUGAUGGCAUUUCCAAACUGACCACUGUGCACGAAACUGUACUCAACAGUGACUUCAAACUGCAAGCAGCCAGCUUCUCCCCAAAAAGCCUGGAAAAGGGAGUGAAGGAGACGUUGCACAAGGCCUUCUGGGACAGCCUGGAGGAACAGCUCUCUGCUAGUCCCCCAGACUACACUCGGGCAAUCCAGCUGCUGCAGGAGAUAAAAGAGGCCCUGCUGUCAGUACUGCUGCCAUGGCACAACCACCUGCGAAGCCAGAUUGAAGAGGCCUUGGACGUGGAGUUAAUUAGACAGGAGGCUGAGCACGGGGCUCUGGAUAUCUGCAGUCUCACCGUGUACGUCCUUGGCACAAUGGCAAGGCUGUGCGCGCCCAUUCGAGAUGAGGAAGUACGAGGGUUGCAAAGCCUCACAGACCCAGCUCAGCUUCUCAGGGAGAUUUUCCAGGUGUUGGGCCUGAGGAAAACGGAUAUGCUGAAUUUUAUCAUUCAGAGCCUCCGUACCCAUUUGCAAGACCACUCUGUCCAGUAUGAAUGGAAGAAAUUCCAGGAACUCUUGGAUAAGCUGCCUAAUAGCCUGGAUCGCAUAAGAGAGUGGCUGUGCAAAGCAGCAGCGGAAGCGUCCGUGUCCUCUUCACAGCCGUCUCCCCCCCCUGCAGUCGGCGGCUCAUCUGCCGCACGCUCGCCGGGGGCUGUCAGCGGUAGCCCCACUGUGCCCAGUCUUGCGUCCGUGCUAAAUCGAGGAUACGUGAAUCUGCUCUGCUGGGAGCCUGGGCAAAAGGAAUACCCUGAGAUGCUGGUUAUGGAUCAGGCCCGGCUGCAGGAAGUACAAGCGCAGGUGAAUCGGCUUACUGCCACAGCUGCUGUCCUGCUGGUGGCCAGCAGCGUGUGCGGAAGCACCUUACGUGGCUCACCUGAGUUUGUAGCUAGACUGAAACGGGUAACGAAGGUGCUCUUGGAAGGGCCGUCUUGUACCAGGUGUGAAGAAGCUUUAGAAGAGAUCAGCGACCAACUGCUCCAGGAAGGCUGCAGGACUCUCUUGCAGCUGGGUUACGCUGCUUUUACCACUGACAAAUAUGCUUCCCGGAAAGGCCAGAUAAAAGGCAUCGCGGACAAGAGCAACGCAGUCCGGCAUGUCAUCGAGCAGCAGAUUCAUUCCCUCCUCAGCCUUUUCGUUUCCCCUGAUGGACAGACUUCUCAAAAAGAUUUCCCAAAGGGCCUUGAUCCCAUUCAGGAAGAGCUGCUGGAAAUGGGGCGCAGGUUGGGAAGUGCGAUCCACCACAACAGGCAGGCGUUUGGACCUUUCUACUCGGGAAUUCUCAAGAAAGCCUUUCUCCCAGACGCAGAACCAGACUCAGACGCAGGGAUGGAUGCUUUCUGA